GUAUUUAUUUCCUCUUUUUGUAUUGCCCCUUUAGUGGUCCCAGGAUAAGAGAAUUGAGCUUCCCUUCUGGUUACCCGGAAAAGGAUUAAAAAAAAAAAAAAAAAAGGCAACAGAUUCUUCUAGGAGGUGCAAAACCAAGAGACGGCUCCUAGCGCCAGCGGAAUCUGCUACACUCGACCUGAGCUUGCUUGCGGGCGAGGAGUGUAGAAAGUGCUGUUCGCAGACUGCGUGGUGAAGGAAAAAAGCAACAGAACAGAAAGCCAUAGUGCUGACGUUGAAGGCCCGGCCCUGUGAGGUUGCACAGGGUAAGUGGCGUUGGCCAGGAGGCAGUGGCGAAGGGGAAGGAAAGAGGAUUUGCGCUGGGGGCGGGGCCUGCGGCACAGCGUGGCUUCUGAUUGCUGGAGCAUAGCUGCCAAUCUCGCAGAAUCGCUCGGUUAACCAGUGCGCUGGCGAGACGCGCUCAGAUAUACUGAGCGAGCCCGAAGAAGCAGUCUCAGAUCCUGACGGUGCAGCAGCCCGCAGCCUCAGCAAGGGAGUCCCAGCCGCUUUCAAUGGAGGAGAAGCCCGGCCAGCCACAGCCUCAGCACCAUCACAACCACCACCAUCCGCACCAUCACCCUCAGCAGUCGCAGCAGCAGUCGCACCAUCACCACCAUUAUUAUUUCUACAACCAUACCCACAACCACCACCACCACCAUCAUCACCAGCAGCCUCACCAAUACCUGCAGCAUGGAGCCGAGGGCAGCCCCAAGGCCCAGCCAAAGCCGCUGAAACAUGAGCAGAAACACGCCCUCCAGCAGCACCAGGAAACGCCGAAGAAGAAAACAGGCUAUGGUGAAAUAAAUGGUAAUGCUGGAGAAAGAGAAAUAUCUUUAAAGAGCCUGGGUUCUGAUGAAGCUACCAACCCUAUUUCCAGGGUCCUCAAUGGCAACCAGCAAGUUGUAGAUACUAGUCUGAAGCAGACUGUGAAGGCUGGCACCUUUGGGAAGACAGGAAUUAAAACCAAGAAUUUCAUUCAGAAAAACAGUAUGGACAAAAAGAAUGGGAAAUCUUACGAAAAUAAAUCUGGAGAAAACCAGUCUGUAGAUAAGAACGAUACUGUAGCAAUUCCAAAUGGUGUUGUAACAAAUAAUUCAGGCUAUAUUACUAAUGGUUAUAUGGGCAAGGGCGCAGAUAAUGAUGGUAGUGGAUCAGAAAGUGGAUACACCACUCCUAAAAAAAGGAAAGCUAGGCGCAAUAGUGCUAAGGGUUGUGAAAACCUUAAUUUAGUCCAGGACAAAAUAAUGCAACAAGAGACUAGUGUCCCACCCUUAAAACAUGGACUUGAAACUUUCAAGCCUGACUAUAGUGAACAAAAGGGAAAUCGAGUAGAUGGUUCGAAGCCCAUUUGGAAGUAUGAAACUGGACCUGGAGGAACAACUCGAGGAAAACCUGCUGUGGGUGAUAUGCUUCGUAAAAGUUCAGAUAUUAAACCUGGUGUGAACAGCAAGAAGUUUGAUGAUCGGCCCAAAGGAAAGCAUGCCUCAGCUGUGGCCUCCAAAGAGGACUCAUGGACCCUGUUUAAACCACCUCCAGUUUUUCCAGUGGACAAUAGCAGUGCUAAAAUAGUUCCUAAAAUAAGUUAUGCAAGCAAAGUUAAGGAAAACCUCAACAAAACUAUACAGAACUCUUCUGUGUCACCAUCUUCAUCUUCAUCCUCUUCAUCAUCUACUGGGGAAACUCAGACCCAAUCUUCAAGUCGAUUAUCCCAGGUCCCUAUGUCAGCGCUGAAAUCUGUUACUUCUGCCAGCUUUUCCAAUGGGCCUGUUUUAGCGGGGACUGAUGCAAGCGUGUAUCCUCCAGGUCAGCCACUGCUAACUACUGCUGCUAAUACUCUAACACCCAUCUCUUCUGGAACUGAUUCAGUUCUCCAGGACAUGAGUCUAACUUCAGCAGCUGUUGAACAAAUUAAAUCUAGCCUUUUUAUCUACCCUUCAAAUAUGCAAAGUGUGCUGUUGAGUACAGCACAAGUGGAUCUGCCCUCUCAGACAGAUCAGCAAAACCUGGGGGAUAUCUUCCAGAAUCAAUGGGGUUUAUCAUUUAUAAAUGAGCCCAGUGCUGGCCCUGAGACUGUUAUUGGGAAAUCAUCAGAUCAUAAAGUAAUGGAGGUGACAUUUCAAGGAGAAUAUCCUGCCACUUUGGUUUCACAGGGUGCUGAAAUAAUCCCCUCAGGAACUGAGCAUCCUGUGUUUCCUAAGGCUUACGAGUUGGAGAAACGGACUAGUCCUCAAGUUCUGGGUAGCAUUCUAAAACCUGGGACUACGAGUGAGAGUGGAGCCUUAUCCUUGGAACCCAGUCAUAUAGGUGACCUGCAAAAAGCAGACACCAAUAGUCAAGGUGCUUUAGUGUUUCUCUCAAAGGACUACGAGAUAGAAAAUCAAAAUCCUCUGGCCUCUCCUACGAACACUUUGUUAGGCUCCGCCAAAGAACAGAAAUACCAGAGAGGCCUAGAAAGGAAUGAUAGCUGGGGUUCUUUUGACCCGAGAGCUGCUAUUGUAUAUCACACUAAAGAAAUGGAAUCCAUUUGGAAUUUGCAGAAACAAGAUCCCAAAAGGAUAAUCACUUACAAUGAAGCCAUGGAUAGUCCAGAUCAAUGAAGGACCAGACUGCCUAUUCAUAACUUUUCUGCAGCAUUAGAGCCACCGUUCAUGAGGGACACAAGGCUUUUAUGCUCCUAGAUCUUCAAUGCAGCAGAGGAACCAUAAGUAGAAUCACAGGAUAAUAUAUACAAAUAUAUAUAUAUACAUAUAUAUAUAUAGUUAUUUAAAAAAGGCAACUGAAAGUAAUUAGACUUCUUAAGGAAUCAAAUUUAUUUCAAGAGACUACACAUGGUUAUUUAAUCUCCGGUACUGAAUAGUUUUUUGUUUUUGUUUUUCCUUUCGUUAGUUUUUGUUUUUAAGUGUGAAUGCAAAUGAUUAAUGAAUACAGACUUAAACAAGUGUGGUUCUAAAGUUCCUGCUGUCAUCACCUUGGGCAACAAAUGACCCAGUGAAAGAGGCAAAUCCACUUAAAAGAUCUCUGUAUCUUGUUCUGUGACUAAAGUGAUACACUAAUCACGGGGAACCCAGAAUGAUUCAACAUUUUCCUCCGCUCCCUUGAUAUUUUGGUUUUACUUUAAGCCCUGCGAGAAUGCUGGAUAAAUGCCUUGAAGUUUGCAGGGGUGUAUUUUUUUAGUGAAUAUGAUUUGCAUGUCUUGCCAGGAGUUAAGCAGCCUCUGUGGGGUGUUGGGAAAAUAUUUUCUUUCCUUUCAUUUUUUUGUGGGGUGGGAAUAGGGGAGGGCCUUGAAGUUCUACAAUUCUGGAAUAGUUGGUGGGUACAUAGUUAACUUGCUUUGGUUACAUGUUGUACUUUUAACAACCGAAGAAUCCAUGAAUAUUAAAGAAAAGUUGCAGAACAAGCAAUUGGCUUAGAUAUGGAACAAAUUCUUGUGCCCAUAUUUUAAUGUAAUUGUAUAACUGGGAGCAAAAAUAUAUUCUGCUUUUCAACUGUAGGUGCUCCAGACUUGCUCUCUGUCACUAACACUAAAUGUGCAGUUUUUUCUCAUUUUCAUCAAACAUCAAAGAGAAAUGUAUGUACCUUUCUGUAAAUUCUCUUUAAUUUCUCAGCAAAAUCUAAAAGGGGAAGGAAAAAGCCCAUGAGAAUUAAAACUUAUGUUUUUAGCCAGUGAGGCGUUAAUGAACCCUGCUGAUAGGAGGUGUGUUUUCAUGCAAAUUAUAUUUCUGAGCUUGCUAGCUUCUAAUUAUACCUUAAUAAAUAUAUUUUAUUACUAAGGCAAAAUGGAUUUUUAGGGAAAAUAAUGUGAAAUUCUGGAAAUUUUGUUUUGGGCAAAGAAGAGCAUUAGCCCUGUCUUAUCACAUUGCCAUCCUGUUGCACUGCAGCUUGUGUAUAGCAUGCUAAAAUAAACUUUUUGUGUGUGUGAAGAAACUAAGGGUCCAAUUUAAGAUUGGGUGAUGUUAGUGGCAUAAGAACAAGUUCUCUGGCCUGACAUAGCAUCACACACAACACACACCUACACAGAAAUUAGUAUAUCCAUGUAUGUCAAAUACAGGUUGAAAUAGCGGGGCAUUUAUAUAGUCAUAGUCUUACAAAAGUAGACUGGAUCCCCUGGGGAUAUUUGGGGAGAAAGUAACUACUAAUUUUGCUCUAUCCUUUGCUUAAGAAAUGUCCAGUUUUGAGCAACUAUAGUAUGAACGGGUUUUCUUGUUCUGUUCAUUGAGACUUUUAACAUGGUCCAUGAAAGAAGCGGUUGGGCUCAAUGUCAAGAGUAGAGCAAAUAUCUUUUUAGUCCGGAUUUCUGCCCUGCUUAGAUUUUUUAAGAAGUAUAAGCAUGGAUUGCCAAUUCCACUUGAUGUAAACAAAACUUUUUUAUACAUAAUAUAUAUAUAUAUAUAUAAAAUAACUUAUUGUAUCAGUCCAGGUUCAGAAACUUGUGGUAGGCCAGUUCCAGAUAGUUUCAUUUCACCUGUAAACUGUAUCACUUUUACUGAUAAUUGUAAUUUUCAAAUGUAUAAUAUGUUUACAGAUGUGCCCUGCAUUUAGUCUGCCUUGUUCCUAUUUUGAUUUUUGUUGAGUCUCCUGCCUGCUUGCCAAAAGCUAGGAUGCUUCAGGCCCAUGUACAAUUGAAAGCAGAGGUAUCCUUGAGCUUUAAAGCAUUGAACAAACUGGAAAAUGCAACAUAACCACAUACUGAAGUGAAAAGUCUGUGUUUUUGUGUUCUUUUGAAUAAAAAUUUUCAAAAAGUUACAAAAAAAGAUAAAGUUGAUUCAAGGGGAAAAAAAGGCUCCAGUUUGUUUUACAGGUUUUAAAGUUCUGCUGUGUGUUCAAUUGCCUUGUGUAACCACUUGUCGCCUUAGGGCCGUAUCCCCACCCAUUCCCCCUUUUAAAUGUCCAUUUUGCUUGCCUGAAAUUUUAAAUUUCUUCUGUGUCAUAACUCGUGAGAAACUUCUGGGUUUGUGACAUACAGAGGUCAAAUGAGCAUAUAUUCAAAAAAGGAAAAUAAACCCAGUCCCCAUCUGAAUUGGGCUUAUUUUAGAAGCAACACUUAACUUACACCUUUCAAAAGCCUUUCUUAAUUUCCCCUCCAUAUCCCUCAGGCCUCCGUUCAGAGAAGCUAAAAAGAAUGUAUCCCUUCUCUGUUCUUCCAAAGGUUUUUUGAGUCUUCUAAAUGAAACAAUGCAACAUUUCACUUUGAUUUCUCCACUGAAAUUUUCUUGAUUAUAUGGUUAGAGAUAUAUAGUAGUUAGGAAUGUCUCUUAACUUUCUGGGAACCCUAGUGCCCCAUCAUAUUAACUGUCAGUAUUUUGGGGGCAUUGGGUUAAUGGAUUUAAUUGCCUAGGUACAAGCAGGACUUUGGGACAGAUCUCCUUUGUGCUGUUUGGUUAUACUUAAUUAACUCUCCUUGUCGCAGUCUUUCUCCUUAGGUCCUCACACAAUUCCUUACAGAGCACUUAUUAAAAAAUCUUAAGAGUUGAUCUGUUUUCUGAUUAUUUUUGUGUAAGCUUCUAAACAAACUUCAGCUGUGAUUAAUUUAGCACAUUCAAAUAACAAUGUGUUAUUGUUCAGUAUAAAGAAUUUUUCUUCAACUCAGAGUAUUAGUACUGUAGCAUAAACCAAAUACAGUCUAGAGGGGAUUUUUAACAUCCCUCCAUUAAAAAGACUGAAAAGGGGUGUGUGUGGGUGUGUGUGUACACUGGGUGUUGUGUAUGUUUGGGAAGGAUGGAGAUAUUAAAAAUUAGUAAACGAAUGUGUGUAAGACAUUAUAUUAGUAUUCAGAGAAUGAAACUUGUAUUUAUUUUGUGCCAUUUGUUUUCAUUACACAGAAUAAAGUCAGGUGGUUUAAAUCCUUAAAAGGGUAGUAUUUGAAAUAUGGCACUAAGAAUGAAAUCAUGACCUAUUUUUUUAAUAGCUAUGAAGAUACUAAUUAUGGGUGAAGAUUUCUUUUUAAAAUUUGUCUUGAUUGUAGGCUUUUGUGUCACAUACCACUCUUGUAUAAAUAUCUUGAAUAAUCCCUCCCCCACAAAAGACAGGGUGUAUUUAUCUUUCUCUUUAUUUACCCCCACUUUGCUGAACUGAAGUUAAUUGCAUAGCCUUUCCUCUAGCCUCCUUAGUCAUGAACCUUAACAUAAAGUGUAUUUACAGCAUCUGUAGUAACCCUCCCUCCUCAUUUUUCUGUGAGGGGAUUAGCCAACAACAAGAAAUUUGCUAAUGAUAGUUUUCUCCCUCCUCAAAAGCCCAGAGAGUUUCUCCAUUUUAUAGUUUGGCUGUCCUUAAUCUGCUUAUCUAGUCAGUCAUCACUCAGAAUCUGCAAAAACUUUUUUAUAAAGGAAAAAACCUGCUGCAUUGUUUUCUCAAUUUUACGAAAAAUAUGACAGACCUCAACUAUAGGAGUUGUCCACAUUAUGAAAGGUGUUUUCACAGAAUAUAGCAUAGCAGCAGUAAUACUUGGUUUUUAAGAGUUGUUACUAGUCCACAUCAGAACAUAUCUUAAUGAUUUCUUUUGUAAUCAUUGUGAGUUUCUACACAACACACAAAGCCAUUUAGUGAAAUUAUAUGCCACAUACCAAAUGGUCACAGGCAAGGAAAUUAAAAGACUACUCAAUUUUUUAAGUUCUACCAAAUAAGGAGUGAUAAAGCUUCCUCCAGAGAAAUAGGUUAAAUGUUGAACUCCAAGGAUUAGGGUAUAGUUAAGCAUACGAAUCGCUCUUACAUAUGCUAACUGCAAAAGUGAUACACUGUAGGGGAAUAAGGGCAAUGGGCAAUAGUUUUUGUAAGGCCUAUUGAUGCUGUACCAGUCAAAGAAGAUUUCUGGUAGGAAAGUGUCGUAAUAGCUGUGUCCGAAACUUAAACUAUUGAAUUUUAAAGGAAGGAGAGUAGGAUUUACUUACCCCCAACCCCAACUAGUAAUUUGAAAAGAAGGGUCAGAGGACAAGAGUAGAAGUACAAAUAGCUGCUCUAAGUUUGCUGGGGCCAUAGGUCAACAUUAGUUCUUAAAAUUGAUGUUAUUUUUGUUAGUUGACCGUGUCAGCAUUUGUUUAUGGUGAAAAAGAUGGGCUUCUGCUUUCAGUAUGUCAAGUUGUUUUGUUUUGUUUGACAUCAGUCUAUUCAGAGUUAGGAACCAGGACCACCACAUUGGGUUGAUUUAAAGAAUGAUGAAUCAUCUGCUCCACUCAAAAUCACUGCUUUAUUUACUGAGUUUUAAUUUUCACAGUUUUGCUGCUCAAGAAAUGUCUUAAAAAUAGAAAGGAUGUCAGCAAUAGUAACAAUAGAAAUUUUACUUAUCUCCAUAAUAAAACACCCAGUGAAGCACGAAUGGUAUAUUGCAUUUGCAUUACUGGGAAAGUCAAACAUGGUAGCAGUCAGUUAGGAGCUAGAAACUGGAACAGCCAUUCUUAUGUGUGAUGAGAGUGUUGAUUCAGACUUUCCUAUUCAUAAAGUUUUGUUAAGUCCAGAGUUUGAAAGCCAUUUUAUAAUACUGCAGUAUCCUUUUUCUAUAGCCUUACUAAAAUUAUCUGCAAGAUUUUAUUUUUCAGCUCAGUAGUGCUUUCACUGUAUAUCAAAGUUGUACUCUACAGACCAACAAACCAAUUUGAGGUAAAUUAAGUAGCUUUCCAUAUAUGCCCUUUUUUCCUCAGGUGCUAAUAUACAAAGGCUCCAAAAUGGAUACUGCUUUAGUAAUGUCUGUUUUAUUAAAAUGCAUUAUUUCUUUUGCUAGAUGUAAAAGUUUGGUGUUAACAAAAGUUUUAAUGUGUAAAUAUGAAUGAAUGGCUUAGUUUGCUUUUGUUUGUCUGUUUUCAUUUAUCCUCUGUAGAGGAGGAUCUUUUCAUGAUCUUGAAUACAUUUCAUUAGAUUUUGCAUUUUUAGAAUGAAAACAACUGUUUUCUGUCUUAGAUUAAUUCUGCUGCUGCUAUGAGAAACUGAAAAUCAAGAAUGUGAUGCACUUUUUACAUUACUAUAUAUCGUACAUAUACCGUAGGUUGCUUUGAUACUUUUUCUGUAGCACAGCCACUAACAAAAGUGUUUGAAUUUUAUAAUUCUCUGUGGGAGGGAAUCAGUACCAGGAAUUAAUCCAUAGUUGGUAUUGGCCUAUGAAUGACAAUAACUUAGGAAAAUAAAAGUUCUGUUUAGUAUUACACUUUUUGGCCUUAAAAUGUCUUCUACUGCUGAAAAUAUUUUAAAUCUUAGCUUUGUUUUUAUUGUUCCCUCUCUCUGCCUGAAAAAGAGAAAAUGGGAAGAGUGGCUUAAUGGAAGUAGUGUUGUUGGUUUGUUGCUGAUCUUUUAGAAAACCAUUGUCUACUAUGUAAGCUGGGAUUUAUUUUUGUUUGUAUACCAAGGAGAAAUACUGUCCUGAACCAGCAAAUUUAGUUAAGUCGGUCAAAACUCCCAACUAUCCUGUUUCUCUGGUGUAUUUUUACUUAGCAAGGGUAAACUGUAGAAGGAAUGCUACUUGACAAAAGGAAAAGUCAUUUCUCAAGCACAUACUCAGACUUGAAGGAGAUGGGACCCAAAAUAAUGGGGGAAAACACCAAAUGAGGUGGAGGAAUGUGAAAAGAUGUGUGGUCCAAAGCUAUCUGGUUAUAUUUUGAUGUUGCCAAUAUUGUAGAGCCAAAAUUUUUAUUUGCUUAUUUAAUAUGUUUGUUGGCCAGAGAUCUAUUUUUAUAUCAAUGUGCCUUGCAUGUAUAUUUAAAAUUUUUGAAAAGGCCAUGUAGUAAUGCCUGAGACAGUUGAUGGUUCUUAACACCUCACUAAUUUUUAUGCAGUAUGAAAUGCUCGUCCUAUUGCCCAACUGGUGCUCUCUGUUUAAAGUUACAGAUCUUGUCAAACUGGAACUAUUUUGUAAACUGGGGAAACUAUUUUUGGUUUUUUUUUUUCUUCCUUUUUUUUUUUUUUAAGUCUGUUAGUGGCUGUUUUGUAGUGGGAAAUAAUAGUAAAAGGAUUCUUCACUUCUUUUCCUUCCCCCACCCGUAGCACCUUCAAGUACCAUUUCUUGUGUGCUUUGAAAAAAAGAUUCAGCUUGCUUUAGUGUUAUAAAAAGUAUUACUAAAAGCAUUGUUUCAAAAUACAGGGAGAUAUGGAGUCCAUGAUAAUUCGGGAUUCUGUGAUCUUAGAUCCAAGUUAUUGGCUCUUUCCAACUUUAAAAUUUUUAUUGUUAAAGCACCUUGCUUAGAAAAUUUUAAAUAUUUAUGUCUGCAACAAUUGUCUCAAAAUAAUAAACUGUGCAAUUCUUGUUAUUAAAAAAGAUGAACUCUCCCUAAUGUGACUUGUUAGUUUCUCUGUAUUUCCUGCCAGUGUAAAUGUGAAAAGCUUUGCUUGCAUUACGUUUUAGAAAUGCAUUUUGCACACUCAAAUUUUGCCGAAGCUCCGUGAAAAGGUUAGACCUAAGUAGAUGAAUAAAGCUAUGCACAUGUUUUGAAAA